AACUCUUUCCAAAUUCAUUAAACCGUCUCUCCAUUCUUCACUUUCUUUCUGUACCUUCUUCCUACUUAUAAACUCUUGUCUUCACAAAAAUCCAUUAGUUUCUAUUCCCUAACAAUCAUCUAUCUAUAGUACUGCAGGUUAUGGAUCAUAAUCUUUGAUAAAAGCAAAAUAUAAGUUUAAAAUCUUAUUAAGCCAAAGAAUAUAAUGGCAACUAGGGUAAAGGACACUGCUCCACCAGGAAAGGAGAAGAGAGGGACAUCUCCUUCACAUCCAAUUGCUCAUCAUCUUAGAAGUCCCAAUUCAUCAAAUACAAACUCUCCGGUGCGGAAACGAGCAGAUUCAACCACCUCAAACAAGAAUGUUCCUAACUAUCUCAAGCCUACAAUGUCUUCAUCGAAUGACCCCAACAUUCACAAUAAGCCUACUCUAACUCGAAUAAGAUCGUUUGACAAGCCUCCUGUUGUUGCUGCUUUGCAAAAAACUGCUAAAGAUAGAAUUCUUCGGUCAUCCUCAUCAUUCUCAGUCAAGACUAGUUCAACUUCCCAAAAAACCCUUUCGGAUAAAUUAUCUAGAGCAUCUCAUAUGACUAAGGAAGCCACUGGUAAACAACGUGGCACCAGCAUGUAUGCUAGACCAGUGACCAUAAAGAAGACUACAGCCACCGGCACCAUCUCCAAGAAACAGGAGCCCAGCAGUACUAGUCAUAAUGACACGCACAAAUCAAGAAAUGAUCAGAAUAGUUCAACACCAAAAGCGCCAAUAACUAAUUCUUCACAUGCAGCUGAGGAUGUAAUUCCUCAGGCUGAAACUGGGCAAGAUGACACGUCUAAAUCGAGAAAUGAUCAGGAUGAUCAUAAUGAAUCAACACCUAAAGAAUUAAAAAUAACUGAUUCUCCACAUGCAACUGAGGAUAUUAUUCCUCAAGCUGAACUAUCAGAGCAAGAAGAUGAUCAAGAAUUGCCAGUCAAUAAUACUGAAAGUGACGUGAUCAUUGACAACAGUGAAACUGCAGCUACUGAUGCAGGAGAAAAUAAUUCAGCCAUUGAUGAUCAAGAAGAGCAUAAUGGAAAUGUAAACAACGCUGAAAUAGUUGUGGAAAACCAAGAAAUCAGUAAGAUGGAAGAACCAGAAGACGCACAACUUGUUGAAGAAACCAACACCAACAACCCUAAAGAACCAGAAGAAAUUACCAAUGAACUUCAUCUUGAAGAGAACACCGUAAAAGCAGUGGAUGAGAACCAACAAGAGAAAGAAGAGGAUAAAGGAAGAAACCAAGGAAAGGAAGCUGAUAUGGCAGAGGAAGGUGAAGCAGUGCAGGAGACUAGUACUGCUGUAACAUCAUCAAAACCUCAACGUCAAGUGGUGCAAGGGAAGAAGGAAUCUGUGGUCUCCAAUGAUGUGAUAGAAGAGACUGCAAGUAAGCUUCGAGAGCAAAGGAAGAACAGAGUGAGGGCACUGGCUGGUGCCUUUGAAACUGUCAUCUCCUUGCAGGAGCCCAAGGUGUAAAUUACAACUUUUGCUAGAAGGACAUGCUUUGAGUGGAGAAUCAAACAUGCUGCUACAAUUUGGCUGAUAGGGAAUGCAUCACCAAAAUUGCAUUCAUCUAUAAUGGUUGGCCAGAAGGUUAUUUCCAUUAGUAAAUUCUAGGAACAUGCAAUUCUUUCACAAAGACAAAAAGAAGAAAUUGGAAAACGAAAAAAAAAAA